AGAGAGAGAGAGGGAAGGAGAGAGAGGGAGAGAGAGGGAGAGAGAGAAAGAGAGAGAGACAGCGGUGAGCUCGCGAGCUGCCGCACACAAUCACGGAAGCUCCCAUCAGCGCCACUUCCGCCCACAAGAAACAUGGCGGCUUCCUUGACGGAGAACCUGGCGGAAUAUUUAGGCUCGCCCGAGCCGGCAGUUCGACUAAUGCUUUCUAUUUUAAUAGGUUAUCCUUUUGCGCUGGUGUACCGGCGGUUUCUGUUCCAUCAGUCUCCAUCUGUUAUUCAUCUAUUCCACGCUGUCUCAGGCCUGUCCUUGGCUGUGUUCAACUUUGGGUCUCAGGUGUAUCACUCUGCAUUAUGCAUAAUCAUCCAGUUCCUGCUGCUGAGGCUUAUGGGAAGGACCAUCACUGGUGUCCUGAGCAGCUUUAUAUUCCAAAUGACAUACCUCUUGACCGGUUAUUACUACACAGCUACAGAAGAGUAUGAUAUCAAGUGGACCAUGCCCCACUGUGUCCUCACCCUCAAACUCAUUGGUUUGUCACUUGAUUACUAUGAUGGUGGAAAAGAACCAUCUCAGUUGAGCGCGGAGCAGAAGACCGCCGCUCUUCAAACCACGCCGUCUCUCUUGGAGGUUUGCGGUUUCUCGUACUUUUAUGGUGGCUUCUUGGUAGGACCUCAGUUCACACUGCGCAACUACAUGCGCCUGGUUUCCCGAGAAAUGAGCGACUGUCCUGGCCAGGUGCCCAACAGUAUGGUCCCUGCAUUAAAGCGCUUUUGUUUGGGUACCUUCUUCCUGCUUAUCUUCAUGAUAUUUGGGCCGUAUUACCCAGACAGCUAUUUCCUUACAGAUGAAUUUGAGGCUCAGCCAUUUUGGUACAGGUGUGUGUAUAUCCUGCUGUGGGCUAAAGUAAACCUCUACAAAUAUGUAACCUGCUGGCUAAUAACAGAGGGCGUGUGUAUCCUCUCUGGGCUUGGCUACAGCGGUCGUGGUGAGGACGGGCAGCCCCAGUGGGAUGCCUGUGCUAAUAUGAGAGUGUGGAUAUACGAGACCACGCCACUUUUCACGGGCACCAUCAACUCCUUCAACAUUAACACCAACGCAUGGGUGGCCAGGCACAUUUUUAAGAGGCUAAAGUUUUUGGGUAAUAAGAUGGCAUCGCAGAUGGCCACGCUGUUUUUCCUGGCGAUCUGGCAUGGCCUGCAUUCCGGUUAUCUACUCUGCUUCUCCUUGGAGUUCAUCAUCGUUAACGUGGAGAAGCAGGCUCAGGCAAUCGUGAAGGACAGCCCGAAGCUGACGGCCCUUGCAAAUGGCCCUCUUUAUCCCCUUAUAUACAUAGUACAGCAGUUCAUCCACUGGCUCUUCAUGGGCUACCCACUAGCAGCAUUCUGCCUCUUCACUUACGACAAGUGGCUGAAGGUUUAUUCUUCGGUGUAUUUUUGUGGUCACCUCUUUUUCUUCAUUGCCUUCCUUAUCCUACCUUUCCUUCGUAAGGCACUGGUGCCUCGGAAAGCAAAGGGCGACAAAAAGGAGAACUAGACAGAAAUAGGUUUCUUUGUCUGGUCCUUCAUGAACUACCUGAAGGGAACUGUGACUGAUUGGAAAAUAUUUUAAGGCCUUUAACUAUAUAUUAUAAAUAUAUACACACAUGCAUAAAUCUGUACAAACAUUUGUUUUCUUAUUUUAUUUUUUCUGGGGGGGGGGUAGAAGCAUUAUUUAGGUUGAAGAGAAAGAGGAUGAGAUAAUGCUCUCUAAGUGGAGAGCUGUUCUGUCUUUUAUUUUUUAAUGUUUUUUUUGUGACAGGUGGUUAGAUUUGUGAGGAGGGUUUUUAUUAUGAGAUAUGAGAUAUGGGGAAAAUGUGGAGGCUAAUUAAUAUAACCAUUCGUACAGAUUUUUUUCAGCCACAGUAUUGCACUCAUAGCUCUCUGUUUGGGGCAGCUCAAUGGCACCCGCUGAUGAUGUCAUUUCCGGCAAAACCAAACACACAGUCUGAGAGCUGACUGAAGGCUGCUUUCGUGGACUUUGUUUGGGUUUUUUGUGUUUUAUUUUUAUUAUUAUUUUUUUUCGGUUUUCCAAAAUCUGCAGCCACUGGUCAGAUUUACACAAAACACUGUAAUAUAUAAAACACAGAAUGUGCAGUGAAACUUGGAUAUGCCUUGCAGUGUAAAUGAGUAUUAUUGUUUCAUUUCUAAUUUAACAGAUUUUUCACAAUAUUUUUAGCAAUUUUAGAAUGGGUUGAUGGUUUUGUAAUUUUGUAGCUUUUUCAAAAAAGAAAAAAGAGUCCACAACAAUGAAUGUGAUGACUGCUGUCAACUUUUUCACUCUUUCUCACACACUUGUGUGUCCCGAUCUCUGGUAAACUGGAACAUGAGCAAAAAAAAAAAAAAAAAAAACGAUACACAUGCAGGAAAUCCAAUACAAAUUUCACACUGCUUGCCAAAAUAAUCAUUUUUGUAUUACUUAAAAUCUUUAUUACUUGGCACCAUGUGGACUAAACUGCAGUGAGGGAACUUUUUCUGCUUUCACCACUGACACAAAGUGAAAAAAUGGUGACUCACUGUACCUUUGGGGGAUUUUAUUAAUAUUUAUACUUGUUCAGCAUUUCCCUGACGUUGUUCAGUUAACUAAUUUUGCCUUAUUGUUACCAAAUGUAUGAAAAAUGAUUUUAAAUGAGCCAUUUCUUUUGCAAUGGUCAUUAAAAAUGCUGGAUUUGAUCAAAAUCAGA